ACAAUAGCUAAAACCAAGAGACCAACUGCAAACAGUCCCAGUGUAACAGCCCUACAGUGGACUAUAUUUAUGCCUAUAGUGUCACACAGUUACAUACUUACCUGUUACGUUUUCAUUACUUAAGUUUUUUUAUGUUACUGAAGAAGCCGUUUUUUUUUAUGUUACUGAAUUCAAAGAAAUGCGAUUUGCUUUGAACACGUUUUAAGCCGAUAACCGCGACUCAGCAGUCUGGCAUUGUGGCCUAUUUCCGUGAAGUUUACAUUUAUCUUUGGACAAUAUGCUUUAAUCAGUUUGUUGUAAUAAAGUAGCAGUGCCAGUUAAUGUUUGUCACAGCAACAUACGGUGUAACACUAGCAUUCUUUAUUGAUCAUAAAGUGACCUGUUGAACGAUGUUUAUAACAGUUCGGUAUGGAGAGCGUGAGGAGGCGCUGUUCAAUCCUAAUUGCAAAACGAUGCUAUUGCUUGAGAAUAUACGACAGCGGUGUAGACUCGGAGAAGAUGUCGAAGUCGACCUUGCUGAUCCAGAAGGCAAUGUUAAACAUCUCAUCGACGCGUCUCUGAGAUACGCAAAUGAAGUUCUAAAAGACAGAGAAACAUUUGUUCUAAUUAAAGUUGAAAAUGACGAUUCAAGGAAACCGAGUUAUAUUCCCCUACUGAACGACAACGAGUUCAUUGAUGCUGCGUUCCUUGCUCGCUUAUCUACAAGGGACCAGUCAUCUAAUGGAAGCGCGAAAGGUUCACGUAAACGCCGUGAAGGAAACAAAUCGAAUGCGUCGAAAAAACCGCCAAAAUCAACAACACCAACGGGCAGGAAAGGAAAGCGAUGAUGUAGGCCUACCAAGGAAACACGAUUUAACGAGUUUCGAAAUCGCAACAUAUGAAUUUAGGAGGCCUUCUGUAAAUGAGCCAACUUUUCAACAAUGUUAUGUGCUAGAAGUCGGUUUGAGACGUUCUAACCUGUAAGCCUACAUUGCAAUUUCGUGAACUAUCCAGAAUUCAUCCGGGAAUAGGCCUAUCCGGGUCAGACUUUCAGUGCCAAAAUGAUAAAAUAUGUAAAUAUAAAAUAGGCCUAAAUGGAGAAACUAUAAAUGUAAGCGUUGCUUGAACACUAAAAAAGAAUAGCCGACUGAUUUUUUUUAGCUUUCAACAUCCAAGCUUCAGGGUUGAACAUUUUAAUUUACCCACAUUACCAAGACGAUUUUAAAAGGCAUUUUCAAAGGCGAUUCGAAAGGAGCAUUGUUUAUUAGUAGGGCGAAAGUAAUCAAAACAUUCAUUAUUUAUUAUUAUAUUAAAACUGCAGUAGGCCUACGUAAUUUAGGCACCUUUGUCAUGCGAAACACGCAUGUUUAUGACUUUUUAAAUUUAUAUUUUAAUACGUUUGGUGGUGGUCUAGGCUUGGUAUACUUCCCUCUCACAAGUCUGGAUAUGGUUCUGUCUUGGGGACUCCGAGAAGAUACAGGUAUCGAACUAAACUAGUUUGUUGGUUUUUAUAAACAUAAGGGCCGAUACCUUUCUUUCUUCCUCUUACUCCGCCACGCCGUACAGAAAAUUUUAUAAAUUCUAACAAAAUCAUCUAUUCUUCUUGGAGAGACUGUUGGUAUAGGUGUUGUGAUUUUUACUAGAUUAAAAUAAGCAUUAGGAACUAUAAAGAAUAAAAUUAUUUCGUUUAACCAGUGGCA